GACUGAGAAUUAGUUGUCAUUGUACAUCAUUUUCAAUUAACAACCAUGAAGCCACCAUUAAUGGAAGUACUAAGUAACAACUUCCCCAUGAUCUCCUAUGCAAUUCUCAAGCUUAGAUAUAAGUCUUAAUUAAACAAACUUGGCAUUGUAGUAGUAGAACCUUAUUUGACUCAGGUGGGUUUUCAUGGCUGCAUUUCCUAUGUUCUACAAAACGCCUUACAAGGACCAAAAUCUGCCAACCCAAAAUGUAAUGAGGCAGAAUGAGAAGAGGUUCAUGUAUGAGUGUGAUAAUAUGAAGAGGUUCAUCUCUUCAACUCCUGGUCAAAUUUGCAGGAGUAGCCAACCAUGGAACAAAGUCAACAAUGUCCUCACAAAAUCAAACACAAAAGAGAGGAAUGUUCCUAGGAGCAUACUUCAUGGCAGAUGCUCUUUGCAUAAGAAUGUCACAAAACUUUGUGGUUCAGACAGUCACCUAAGCCUCAUUAAGGAAUGUUAUUCAAAGACAGAAAACCUUUCCAGAGUUUGGUGUUCAGCAGGUUCUAGCUCAACUGAGAAGCAACUAAGGUCAUUAGAUUCUUAUUUUGGAAAACUCCAAGAUAAUGCAAAAUUGCGUACAUUUGAUUCAUCACACAAGGUGAUACAGUUGCAUCACAUAGAUCGUCAAGCUAGAUCAAAAACUGGACUGGAAUCUCUUGAGGAGUAUCUUGGCAAACUAAAUCAUGAAGCAAACCAAGAACCUUGUGUGCCAUCGUAUGUUGAGAAUCAUAGUGAAGAAAAUUUAGCACCAAAACGAUCUCUCAGCAAAGAUAUUGAAAGAUCAAACUUUAGGAAACAAAAUGCUUUUGUGGAUAUAAGAAGGCUAAAACGUUUACAUGAUCCAAGGUCUGCUAUAGAUUCACAGCAGCAAGUUGAAACCUCCAGUCUCUACCUAAUUGGCAUAUUGGCUUCUGUAAACAUUGCAGUGUUUCUAUUUGAAAUAGCAAGUCCUAUAAGGACUUCUGAUUUAGAGCUGUUUUCUAUUCCACUACUAUAUGGAGCAAAGAUAAAUCAUUUGAUCAUGGUUGGAGAAUGGUGGAGGCUUGUAACACCAAUGUUUCUGCAUGCAGGAAUAUUUCACAUGGCUGUCAGUUGUUGGGCCCUUUUAACAUUUGGGCCUCAAGUUUGCAAAGGCUAUGGUUCAUUUACAUUUUUCUUGAUCUACAUACUGGGUGGGGUUGCUUGCAACUUCACAAGUUUUCUACAUACAUCAGAUCCCACUGUUGGUGGAACUGGACCUGUAUUUGCAAUAAUUGGUGCUUGGCUCAUGUAUCAAAUUCAAAACAAGCAUGUUAUUGCAAGUGAUGCUUCAGAGAACCUGUUCCAGAAGGCAGUUAUUAUGACAGCUCUUAUUUUCAUAUUAAGCCACUUUGGUCCAAUUGACGAAUGGUCACACUUUGGAGCAGCCUUCUCAGGCAUGGCAUAUGGCUUUUUAACUAGUCCAAUACUUCAGUUGAAUGAUUCAUCAUCAGGAACUGGUCAAGAAGAAGGACUCAAACUUGUUAGAAAAUAUGGUGAUUCUUGCAAAUCACUAUUGAUAUUCACAAUGUUCAUCAUUGUUUUAAGCUCCUUCCUUUUCUUCAUGGAGCCCCCACCUAAUGCACUGGCAUCUGUCAAUGCAGCAGCUUUUGAUGCCUUGGAAUAUAUGUUGAUAUUUGGCUGAUGCAACAUGUCAUAAGGUUUCUGCCCUAAGAAGGACUUAUACCUUGGAAGGAAGGCAGUCGCUACUGCCCUACAAAGACAUGUAUUGUAAAAAAGGAAGUAAAAAGUGAGAAAUGCAUUAGAGGCACUAAUUACUGAGAUUAGGCUCUACUGUUUCUUCUAGUAUAUAAAUAUUAUAGGGUUACAAAAGUAUAAUUGUGUAAGCUCAGUCCCCAGCCCAAUAAACUAAGUUUUGCACAAGCACUAAUAUUUUCAAGAUUAGAUUACAAUUCUCAUACUUGAUAGAUGCUUAAAAUAGAAAGUUAUUUUCCUCCAUUUUAACACACUCCACAAUUGAGAGAUUAAUAUGUGCUAUAGUUUAGUCCAUUUUAUUGUAAAUGAGCUGUAUAGACAUAAUUUUUUUGUGUGUGU